AUCCCGCAACGCUGCAGUCAUGCGUCCCUCUGUGCGUUUGUUGAACCUGGAGGUGCCCUCUAUCCAGGGGGCCCGAUCUCUCUAUGUCUGCUCGGUCUGCAGACAUGAAGCGCGUCCCCGUCCGAUUGUCGCCCGCCAAUUCUUGCGCAACGCCUCCAACGCGAACUCACUGACCGAGAAGGUGCGUCGCAAGAUCUGGGGCACCGACAACCCUCCCGGUCUCAAAGACCCCUAUGGUGGAGAGGGUGCUCUUGAGCGGAAAUUCAAAAGCAAGCAACCUCCGACGGUAGUAGAAGAGGAGACACCGGAAGCCUCGCAGGCGCUCGACACCGCUGCCUCCGAGGCCGCUGCACCCGCUGCAGACGACUAUGAGCCGGCGACAACAUGGGAGGGUCUCGAUCGCGUCGGCCACCUCGGUCGGUGGUCUGACCUUCCUCCUGCGCCGACUGACGCAUACAAGUCAUUCCAGUACAAGAAGAAGAUUACUAAGAAGGGCCUACUCUCAAUCGCGGCUCACCAGGCUGUCGUCGAGCUCUGCCUCAUGCAUCAGCUGGGUAAGCCCUUGACGAGCGUCUGUGAUGUCGAGGAGCACGAUCAGUCGGUUUUCAAGUUAAUCUGGAAGACCAAGGUGGUACCUACCACGGAUGGACAAUGGAAUGCGGCACUGGAGUAUCCCAACAAAGAGGCUGAGGAGGCUCUUGUCUAUGUUUUUGAGCAAAUUGGUGGCCAAAAGGUCGCUCCUGAAACGGAAGAAGUGUCGCAGGAUGCUGGAGAGGCAGAAGAGGCGACAAACGACUUGACAGACAUCCUCGACACUGACGAGACCAAGCAACCUUUCUUUGGUUACCAAAUUAUCCGUGAUAAUGGUUUCUUGUCUCUGUCGCUGAAUGACCCGGCCACGAAGUUUGCUUUCUUGAAGAGAUUCUCCCAAUUGACUGGCCACUUCUUCCCCGACCCUGCUGUUCAUUCGAUCGCCACUGUUCAGCAGGCCGUUGACCACGUUCAGCAAGUCGUGAAGCCGAAGCCGAAGAAGCUGGCUGACUACCUGGCCAAUAAUCAGCGGUACUCAAACAUGCCCAAUAUCAAAGUCUUCGCCAAGAGACAGAAGCGUUCUGACAGGGAUGAAGAAUUGGGCCGCAAGAAGCUCAUUGAAGCCGAGCUUCGCGCCAGAGUAUUCUUUGACAUUCCAUCUUUAUGGGACUCCCCCGUGAAGAGACUGCUCAGGUUGUCAUUAUGUCCCAUCAGCUUGCGUCGCUUUUUCUUCUCAUUCUCCUCCUCAAGAGCAUUUGAAGUAGGCGUCGACGUGUUGCUACGGCUAGCAGUGGCAGAUUCUUCUCUCGUGCGCAAGGCUGACGAUGACACUGGCUUGGAAUCUUUCCCCGGCUUGACCUCUGACUCAGUACUGGCGAGAGCAGCGACAGCAUCGCCAUUAGCGUGCUUCUUCCGUUUUUUCGAACCAGGCGCCUUCUUCAAAGAAUGUGUCAAUCCUUGCUCGGCAAGCUUCUGGCUUCGCUCGAUCAGCUGUUGCUUAUCCGACUCUUUCGCCGGGAGUAUGGUUAUCACAUUGUCGCUUGUAUGGAUGUCCACCGUGCUCGGUGUCAAUUUCGAACUUCAGCUCCACGAUGUCACGGAGACUCUUCACCCGGCCACAGAGAAACUCAUCACAGUCGGCUUUCGAGCUGAUACCCUCGGCGUCAUCUCCCGCAUAGCUGCAUGCUCGACCGUGGUAGCUGCUGCGGGUGAUGCCUCGUCUCGACCCCGGGGAGUCGGACCCGAGUUCGCAAAGUUCUACAAGGACACCACAACAUUCACCUGUAUCUCCCACCCAUCGAUUCAGAUCCCAUUCUCCGCGGUAAAUGAUGACUACUGUGACUGCCCCGAUGGUAGUGAUGAACCCGGCACGUCGGCCUGUGCUCACCUUUCCCGGAACUCAGCGUUGACAGUGGCCGACCGGCCAGGGAACAGCGACCUCGAACUCGUCUCUGGCCUUCCGGGCUUCUACUGCAAAAACAAAGGCCACAAGCCAUCCUACGUUCCGUCACAACGAGUCAAUGAUGGUAUCUGCGACUACGAACUUUGCUGUGAUGGGAGCGACGAGUGGGCCCAGGUCGGCGGCACCAAGUGCGAGGACAAGUGCAAGGAGAUCGGGAAGGAGUGGCGCAAGAAGGAAGAGAAGAGGCAGAAAUCCCUGACGGCCGCUCUCAAGAAGAAGCGCGACCUGCUUGUGGAUGCGGGCAGGCAACAGAAGGAGGUUGAGGACCAGAUCAAGAAUCUGGAGGUGGAAAUCCAGGCCCAGGAGAUCAAGGUCAAGGAUCUCCAGACCCAGUUGGAGAAGGCUGAGCAAGAAGAGAAGAGCAAGGUGGUCAGAGGCAAGAAGGCUGGCAAGGUCAAUGUCUUGGCCCAACUGGCCAGGGGUCGAGUCGAAGAGCUUCGGGACGCACUGGUGAGCAUCCGCAAGGAAAGGGACGAUACCCGCGCACGCGUGAAAGAGCUCGAGGAAAUUCUGUCCAAGUUCAAGGUAGAGUACAAUCCCAACUUCAACGACGAGGGUGUCAAGCGUGCUGUGCGCAGUUGGGAAGAUUAUGCCGUCAGGGGAACCCUUGAGAGUGCCACGAGCGCUGCCCAAGACAAUGAUCUGGACGAAUUGGUCAAGCCAGACGAUGCCCAAUCUGGAAUCAAUUGGGAGCAAUGGGAGAACGAAAACGAGGGCUGUGAGACUGACUCUGCCCUGAUCUACCAGCUGGCAGCUUAUUUGCCUCCUUCACUGGUUGAGUUCAUCGAGACUAAAGUGGUCUCCGUCCGGGGUUUUCUUGAGGAGAACGGUAUAUUGCCCAAGAAGGACGAACCUACGACGUCCGAAUCCAAGGUCGUGUCAGACGCUCGGGAUGCUGUCAAGUCGGCUGAGAAGAGUCUUGAGGACUCGCGAAGACAGUUGGAGACCCACAAAUCCGACCUUGAGACAGACUAUGGUCUUGCAUCCAUCUUCCGUGCAUUGAAGGGAGUAUGCAUCUCGAAGGACUUUGGUGAAUAUACGUACGAGCACUGUUUCCUAGAUCAAACCAAACAGAUUCCCAAGAAGGGCGGUGGCUCGAUGCGAAUGGGGAAGUACUCUGGCAUUGGGUCUGUUAGUGUGGACGUGGUCGACGAAUCCGGAGAUAUAAUCCCCGAGGAGAAGGUCGCCCUGCAUUAUACCAAUGGACAAACAUGCUGGAACGGACCGGCACGAUCGACCACGGUCGUCUUGGAGUGUGGUGAGGAGAACGAGAUUCUGAAGGUGGCCGAAGAUGAGAAAUGCGUCUACUCGAUGCUCGUUACCUCGCCGGCGGUUUGUCCCGGCGGUGAGGAGGAAGGGAAUGCUGCCCCGAGGAGCAAAGAUGAGCUGUGAGGGACUGGCUGUAGUCUACUGACGUGCUUGUGGGGUCAUAUAUAGUUAGCGUUAAGUAGUUCAUACUUAGUAGAGAAUUUUUUGAAUAGCAUAUACGGCAAUUGACGUUGCGUUGUGUUUUGAAGGCCGAAAUAUCAUGAUCAGCUCCUCGCC